AUGACAGAGGAGGUGCCCCCGACUGCACUGACAGACGUACACCUGCGUCUUCUCUGCCACGAUGACAUAGACAGGGUGAAACAGCUCUGUGGUGACUGGUUCCCAAUAGAGUACCCUGACUCAUGGUACCGAGAUAUCACUUCCAACAAGAAGUUCUUUUCCCUCGCAGCCACCUACAGAGGCUCCAUCGUGGGCAUGAUAGUGGCAGAGAUCAAGAGCAGAACAAAGGUGCAUAAAGAGGAUGGAGACAUCCUAGCUUCCAAUUUUCCUGUGGACACUCAAGUUGCUUACAUCCUAAGUCUUGGAGUGGUGAAGGAGUUCAGGAAACAUGGAAUAGGUUCGCUCCUGCUUGAGAGUUUAAAAGACCACAUCUCGACGACUGCCCAGGACCACUGCAAAGCCAUCUACCUGCAUGUCCUCACCACUAACAACACAGCAAUAAACUUUUAUGAAAACAGAGACUUUAAGCAGCACCACUACCUGCCCUAUUAUUAUUCCAUCAGAGGAGUCCUCAAAGAUGGCUUCACCUAUGUCCUGUACAUCAACGGCGGCCACCCCCCUUGGACGAUCUUUGACUACCUGCAGCACAUUGGAUCGACGCUGGCCAGCCUGAGCCCCUGCUCCAUCCCCCAGAGGAUCUACCGACAAGCCCAGAGCCUCCUCUGCAGCCUCCUGCCCUGGUCUGGCAUCUCUGCCAAGAGUGGCAUCGAGUACAGCAGGACCAUGUGACUGAGCCCAGGAUGUACAAAGA